AUGACGACCUCGGCGCUGCGCCGGCAGGUGAAGAACAUCGUGCACAACUACUCAGAGGCAGAGAUCAAGGUGCGGGAGGCCACCUCCAACGAUCCCUGGGGACCCCCCAGCUCUCUGAUGUCGGAGAUCGCCGACCUCACCUUCAACACGGUGGCCUUUGCCGAGGUCAUGGGCAUGAUCUGGCGACGGCUGAACGACAGCGGCAAGAACUGGCGUCAUGUCUACAAAGCCCUCACCCUCCUGGACUACCUCAUCAAAACCGGCUCUGAGAAGGUGACCCACCAAUGCCGGGAGAACCUCUACACCAUCCAGACGCUGAAGGACUUCCAGUACGUGGACCGGGACGGCAAGGACCAGGGCAUCAACAUCCGAGAGAAGGUGAAGCAGGUGAUGGCACUGCUGAAGGACGAGGAGCGGCUGAAGCAGGAGCGGGCGCACGCGCUGCAGACCAAGGAGCGCAUGGCCCUCGAGGGCAUGGGCAGCGGCAGCCACCAGGUCGCCUAUGGCCGCCGCGCAUCGCCCUACGGCGAAGACUACGGCCGGGCACGGGGCUCGCCCUCCUCCUUUAACUCAUCAUCCUCAUCCCCACGGUUCGCCUCCGACCUGGAGCAAGCGAGGCCCCAGACGACGGGCGAGGAGGAGCUGCAGCUGCAGCUUGCGCUGGCCAUGAGUCGGGAGGAGGCAGAGAAGAAGCCACUUCCAAUUUCCAGUACAGAUGAAGAAAGGCAAUUGCAGCUAGCGCUCGCGCUGAGCAAAGAGGAGCACGAGAAGGAGGUGAGGGCUUGGCAAGGGGAGAACUCCCUGCUGCAGAAAGCCAUGGAGGAGACUGCCCAGGGCAGGGAGGAAGAGGAGGAAGAAGAUAAGAUGAAGAAAAGCCAGUCCUCUAUCCUGGAGCUGGCAGAUAUAUUUGGGCCGGCGCCAGCCCCCUCCAGCCACACGUCAGCCGACCCGUGGGAUAUGCCAGAUAUGAAACCCAAAGUGGAGCCGGCAGCCUCUGCCUGGACUGGUGCAGCUGACCCCUGGGUGCCGGUCCCGGCUGCCGGCGGGGAGCCCCUCUCCCAGGCGAGCGCCUCAUCCCAGCAAACCUCUGCCGGGCCCUGGGAUUUCCCCCCCGGCACCACUGCAGCCUCUGACCCUUGGGGGAAGGCGCCCUUGUCUUCUGGCUUCCCUCCUGCGGACCCCUGGGUGACGGCAUCCCCCCCCACCCAGGUCUCUGGUUCUACACCAGCUGCUGACCCUUGGGCCGCUGUGGCCGAGCAACCUCCUAAUGCUGCUCCAGGGGGGGACGCUUUUGACCUGUUUGCAAAGCCGCCCGAGCCAGCCGAGCCGCCAGAGCAGGAGCCCUCGCAGCCGCCCUCCUCGGCCAAGUCCAACAGCCACGUCGAGCUGGACCCCUUCGGCGACCUGUUCCCCAGCGCCAGGCAGGACGGGGCAAAGAGCUUCGACCUCGCCAACCUGGCCGACUCCCUGCCCGAAUCUGGCAAGGAGCGGAAGGACUGUAAAACCCCCGAGGCCUUCCUCGGCCCCGCCGCCUCCUCCCUGGUCAACCUGGACUCCCUGGUCGCACCUACGCCGGCCUCCAAGACGCGCAACCCCUUUCUCUCGGGUCUGAGCACACCGUCCCCCACCAACCCCUUCAGCCUCGCUGAGCAGCCCAAGCCGACGCUCAACCAGAUGCGGACCAGCUCGCCGGUGCCCGGCUUGCCCGCCGGCCUCCCCGCCAACUCCAUGACCUACAGCGCGUCCCUGCCGCUGCCUCUCAGCAGCGUCCCCGCUGCCGCCGCCGCCCUCCCUGCCUCUGCCAGUGCCUUCCCCCAGGCCAGCACCUUCCCCGAACUCCCCAGCAACUUGCCACAGCCUUUACUGCCGCUGAGCGGCCCCCCGGCCCCGCCGUCCGCUCCGGGGGGGCUCAACCCCUUCCUCUGA